AUGGAAAAGGGAAAGAAGAAAAUCCUUGCGGGGUCUGAAGCCAAGGUUCUGAACCUGGGUCCGUUGAAGGUUAGUCCCCGGCUGGGGAAGGACGUGUGGUUGGUGGGGAAGCUGCUGUGCCGGGAUUCCUUCGCUGACCACACCUUCCGGAAUGUUUUCCAUGAUCUGUGGAAGACUCGUAACGGCGUGGAAAUUCGCCAGGUGGAAGAAAAUCUCUACACAUUCAGAUUUGCUUCCAAGCAUGACAGAGAUAUGGUGCUGCAAUCGGGACCCUGGGUUUUCAACAGAUUUGCUGUGGUGCUCGAAGCUCUGGAUAUUAACGUCCAUCCCUCAAAGGUGCCUCUUACCCGACUUCCCUUUUGGGUUCGUGUGUUCGACUUACCAUACAGUUGCUGGUCUGAGCAAGUCGCUAGGGCGCUGGGAGGUGCUUUUGCAGGUUAUAUUACAAGCGAUCGGCGGGGUAACAAUCGCCUUGGUGCUUACUUCCGGUUUAAGGUCUGGAUAGACGUUACUGUCCCGCUGCGUAGGGGACAGGUCUUAGCACUUGAUGAUGGAGGACAAUUAGAAGUGUUCUUUCAGUACGAAAAGCUGCACAACCAUUGCUAUAUUUGUGGCUUUCUUGAUCAUGUGGCAAAACACUGUGACAAGGGUCCGCUCGCACCAGAGGAGGAGGCUCCGUAUGGAGGGCUCCGUGCAGAGGAGUAUGACAGAGACCGUGGGUUUUCAAACAAGAGUAGCAAACUAAACAGGUCUUCUGGCAGCGGUGUGGAACAGACCACAGGGCACAAGGAGGGGAAACCAAUUGCCACCCGAGAGGAAGAUGAUGUCUAUGAUGGCUUAGCUGGCGAGUUCGAGGAUUAUGAGGAAGAUGAUACUGAGAUUAAUCCAGAAGCUGUUUUAGAGGGAGGUCCAGAUGGUAAAACAGAGCUUGAGAACCCGGGAGAUAAACGGAAAACAUCACAGAAGCUCUCCACAAGUGGAACCAUGAACAGGUCGCAUAGUGGCGACGGAGGGCCCUCUAAGAGUUCUACUCCGAGGGGGACAAAGUGGCAAAGGAAACGGUCCGGGAACUCAUCUUCUGCUCCGGACCGGUCAGGAACGGGGGCAACACCUCCUCUAAAGAAGAUGAACACAGAGAAUGGAUUGGGAUCGGCGGAGACUGCUAGGCAGUCCCGCCCACCUCAAUGA